UUUUGUUCUCUGUUUCGCUUCUCUCUCUGUUUCUCUCUGACUCAGUGAGUGGUGACUCUGUCAAACCCAACAAUCUCCGCACCAAUGACGAGAAAGGUUUCCAAUUUCUCCGAUCUGAUCCAAAGGGUCACCGCGUCAUGCCUCCUUCAUCCUCUUGCCGCCGGCGCCGGCGGCAAGGUGGAGCACAACUCGCCCUGCGACUCAGAGGAAAACAGAGACGGAGAAGAAGAUUAUGAAGAAGAGGAGGAGGAGGAAGAAGAAGAAGAGAAAGGGUAUGGAGAGGAGAAUGACGAAUUCGAGGAAGAGAAAAUGGUGGGGUUCAGGGCUUUGAAGGUGAAGCAGAUGGAGACAUUGAUGGAAGAGGUGUUUGAAACGGUGUCGUCUAUGAAGAGGGCUUAUGUGAGGUUGCAAGAGGCGCAUUCUCCGUGGGACCCUGAGAAGAUGAGGGUUGCUGACGUGGCGGUGGUGGCGGAGCUCAGGAAGCUCGCAGUGUUGAGGGAGAGGUUCCGGCGAUGCGGCGGCGACGGCGGUGGGAGAAAGAAGGGUCGGAGGAAUGGUGGUGGUGGCGGUGGUGUGGCGUCGCUGAGGGAGGUGGUGGCGCCGUAUGAGGCGGUGGUGGAAGAGCUAAAAAAGGAAGUGAAGUCAAAGGAUUUAGAGGUUCAGAAUCUGAAAGAGAAGCUUGAGAGUGUUGUUGCUCUCUCUAGUAAUGGAAGCGGUGAGAAAAAACCUGGGAGGUCUCAGUCUAAGAGGAAAAUAGGAAUUCAAGCAAUUGUAGCAGUUCCAACCCCAGAACUCUUUGAAGCAACAAUGGUGCAAGUGAGAGAAGCAUCAAAGUCUUUCACAUCUCUGCUCCUAUCUCUAAUGCACAAUGCACAUUGGGACAUUACAGCUGCGGUUCGGUCCAUUGAGGCUGCUACUGCCUCCACUGACAAAUACCAUAAUACUUCAACCACAUCUAUUGUCUCAGCUCACCAUGCCAAGUAUGCCCUUGAAUCCUACAUAUCUAGGAAAAUCUUUCAAGGUUUCGACCACGAGACUUUCUACAUGGAUGGCAGCCUCUCCUCCCUCCUCAACCCCGAUCAGUUUCGCCGUGAUUGCUUCACUCAAUACCGGGACAUGAAGUCCAUGGAUCCAACCGAGCUUCUCGGAAUCUUGCCAACAUGUCACUUUGGCAAAUUCUGUUCCAAGAAGUACCUUGCCAUUGUCCAUCCCAAGAUGGAGGAGUCCUUGUUUGGUAACUUGGAGCAGCAUAAUCAAGUCCAAGCAGGAAACCACCCUAGGAGUGAAUUCUACAAUGAAUUUUUAGGGGUGGCAAAGACAGUGUGGUUGCUUCAUUUGCUGGCAUUCUCAUUGAACCCUGCACCAAGUCAGUUUGAGGCAAGUCGUGGAGCUGAGUUCCAUCCCCAGUAUAUGGACAGUGUGGUGAAAUUUGCAGGUGGAAGAGUACCAGCUGGUCAAGUUGUAGGGUUUCCAGUCAGCCCUGGAUUUAAGCUUGGGAAUGGGACUGUUAUAAAGGCCAGAGUUUAUUUGAUAGCGAGAACAUAAGGUUUUAUGAAGUUGUGUGUUGUAAAGGAGCUGAUUAGAGUGAUCCAAGUAUUUGCCUAGCAGGAUUACUAGGCUGCAGAUGUAAUAUGAAAAUCCUUAGGCUAGGUUAUUGAUUUCGAGGUGAAUUCAAAUUGAACAUCCGCUAUCUUGACCGUGAUUGAGUCUAACCUUGAAGUGAUUAUGAUAUAGUUCAUUC